CCGAAAAUCCAUACAAAGAUAUCGACAUAGAGCUGCUAUUUUCAAUUUAUCAGAUAACUACAGAGGGGAAAAUCCAAGAAAAGGGCGAUUUGCCUUUGAAAUUUUGAAAUCAAUGGUAUUUUCAAGGUACAAUUCAUCUCAUUCCACGGCGCCGUCAGCACCAGAGCUGCCUCCAGAGUCCUACCACCAGCCGCAGCAGCAACAGUACCAGAGCUAUUACGGACAGCCUUCGUCAAUUUACGGGCAGAGCGGUGGGUUUCCAGCGGGAACACAGCCGGAUGUUGUAAGAGCUUUUCAAAUGGUGGAUAGGGAUAGAAGUGGAUUCAUCGAUGAACAUGAGUUGCAGCAGGCACUAUCUUCGGGUUACCAGAGGUUUAAUCUUAGGACUAUAAGGUUGCUCAUGUUCUUGUUCAAGAAUCCUUAUGAUUCCCUCAGAAUUGGGCCUGCGGAGUUUGCUUCACUCUGGAGCUGCCUUGGUCAUUGGCGGGCUAUAUUCGAGAGAUUCGAUAGAGACAGAAGUGGGAAAAUUGAUUCGAUGGAACUAAGGGAUGCUCUAUACAGUCUUGGAUAUGCAGUUCCACCUUCUGUUUUUCAAGUUCUAAUUUCCAAGUACGAUAAUGGAACUGGAAAGGCUGGACUUGAUUUCGACAGUUUUGUCGAAUGUGGGAUGAUUGUUAAGGGAUUGACGGACAAAUUCAAGGAGAAGGAUAAAGAAUAUAGAGGCUCAGCGACGCUCUCAUAUGAUUCAUUCUUGUGCAUGGUCAUUCCGUUUCUUGUUUCAUAUGAUUGAUGACUUUGUAAAUCCAACCCUAUGUUCUUUUCUGAUUGUUGGCCUUAUUCUAAUGUUUUCACUGUGUUAUUUUUGUUUCAUAUAUGUUAGGUUGUAUAAUUUCAAAAUAUAUUAAUGUUAUUUGUAAUGAUGAGUUGAAUAAAAAGAGUUUGAAGAAUUUAUUAA